AUGAACAUCUUUAGGAGUGCAACCUCAUACGUCUACAACAUCAUUCCAUCCUUCCAGGAAGACGAAGACGAGACAGACAACAUGUCCAGCCAACAGACACACCCUUCGGGAAUACCAUCCGAUCCACCACCAUCUUACGAAGCCUCUCAACCUGCAUCCAAGCCUCAUCCGAAGCCACUCCCGCCCUCGCUUCCAGUGCUUGUGAGCCUGCGAAAGAAGAGAGUAAUCCUCGCCUCGGCCUCUCCUCGCCGUAAACAGAUAAUCGCCUUCCUCGGCCUUCCCAAUCUUGAAAUCAUCCCCUCGAAUACAGCAGAAAACCUCCCCAAGACCCUCACCCCGUUUGAAUAUGUGCUGGAAACAGCCACAGAGAAAGGUCUGGCGGUGUAUAAGCAGGAGAUAGACAACGAGGUAAAGGGAGAGCCAGCGUUGAUUCUGGCCGCUGAUACCAUUGUUGUCAAUCCAGAGACAGGCGAUAUUCUGGAGAAACCACACUCAGAGGCAGAGCAUAUAAGUAUGUUACAGGGACUGAGGGAUGCGGGAGAUCAUAAAGUGUAUACAGCAAUAGUCGCUAUAGCACCCUUGGAGAGUGCACAGGCCCCGGGGUACGCGCUUGAGUCGGUUGUGGAGGAGACGACCGUUCGAUUCGACCCUCAGAUCACAGACGAGUUACUGCUCAUGUACGUGAGGACAAGAGAAGGUGCUGAUAAGGCCGGAGGGUAUGGAAUGCAAGGGCUGGGGUCAGUACUUGUGGAGAAGAUUAAUGGCAGCUACGAUAAUGUCAUCGGCCUGCCGCUGAGAGCUACGCUCAAGCUCAUCGAGAAGAUAAUGACCAUCGCAGAGGAGGAUGCAGAAAUAGACCAUGGUGCAUUGGCAGAUGAUGGUUAG